AUGUUCUCCCGAUUCGCCUGGGCGUUUCUCCUCGCCUUUGGCAUACCACAGUCUGUUGCUGCACCCAGCAAAGGUCACCAUAGCGUUGGCUCGCCUGGUGAUACGACAGCAAGCGUGGGUACAGCGCAUGACAUCGGCAUUGGCAAGCUGGCAAGCGGCUUCUGCGCGCUUGAUGUGACUGCAACGGACGGACGCCAUGCCAAGAUCAAAUUUGAGCUCAUCUAUGAUGCAACGGUGGGAAACGUCUUCAAGCUUCAGGGUGAGGACAAAGGCGAGUUCCCCAUCGGGGAUAUCAGCCCCAUACGCUCCGAGUAUGCUGGCUUCAGUGUAGCAGAAUUUCAAUUCCCCAGCUUCCAGCCUGCAGAGAUUGAUCUCGUUCUGUACUACAAUCCCGGCCAAGCCUCCCUUGCAUAUCAUCUCAAACCCUCGCAGCUCUACAAGACCCGUAUCGCUGCCGCUCGGUUCGGGACUCACUGUGUGCUCGAUGUGACGACAGCAAAGAACGCCGUAGGCGAAUACUAUGACUACUCGAUUGGUCUCACACUUCGCCAUGAUCACACUGGCGCUAUCAUCAGAGCCAUUGGAGAUGAGGAUCAGGCUGUCAAGAUUGGCCAGGCCCUGGCCGUCAAGAGCGAGUACGGCAGAUACAAGGUCGCCAAGCUUGCAUUUCCCCGAACGCCCAGCAACUCAAUCGAGCUUUGGUUGUUCAAGGACUUCGAGGGCAAGCUUUACCAUCGGCUCCCGUCGUCAACCAUCGACGGUCUAUCCACUGCCGGCUCGCUUGUGUGUGAUCGCGAUCGCUCAGCCGCAUUGAAGGAAAGGAUGAUGAUUUCGAUCUUGCUAGCAAGCUUGGCAUCGGUCAUGCUCACCGCAGCUGCACCUACUGCACCGGCGGUCAGUGUGACCGGCACUAGCGGUAGCGGUGAACUGUUCAGUCGUACCUGCAAGCUUCUUGCCAACACGGAAAAGGUAGAUGCGGCAACGGCGGCAAGAACGCAUGCGCCCAUCAACAGUCAAAUUGACUACAUCAUCUGGUUUCACCUGACGUGGAACUCUGCAAAGGGUGUCUUCGAUCAGGCUGUCGCUCAAGCCAGCAAUCACCAUGAAACUCCGGCGAUUGUGUAUCCCUAUAUCCCGGGCGAGGUCCCGGCUGGAAGCAGCUAUGUCGACAUCACGCUGUACUACAAGGUCAGAACGGGCGAGUUGGCGUACCACCUCUCGCCGUCGAUCGUCAAUGGUCUGACCCUGAUCAGCUGGUCAGUGUCGUGCCAGGCCUCUGAUGGAAACACGGAUGUCGAUAUUCCACGUCUGUAUUGA